CGCGCGUGGUAUUUGCCUGUUUUCAUUCCUCCCAUCCUGACGGGCAACUCAAGCCGAUUAUCCUCGCGAUAGAUUUAUAAAUCAUAAAGCCAGUACAGUCGCGCGAGAGAUUAUAUUUUGGCAAUUACUGCUUGCGUCAUCGAUUAAUUGUGUUUUAGUGAAUGAGUGCCAUAAAGCAGCGGUCAACAAUGGACCAAGGAAGUCCGGAAGGCAUCUGGCAUCGGCGGAACAAUUUUGCAAGGAGAGCGAAUCUUUUUCGCGAUUCAUAUUCGCGCGGGUCAUCCUGUGCCAAGAUCCACGACGUCGACAGUGCGGCUCCAGGUGGCGUGCCGCUUGGAUCGAACUCCACGUCGCCGCAACGUCGUCGGCUCGAAAGUGCGUGUUCUCCCCUCCUGCCCCGCUAUCCCGCGGAUCUAUCGGAGUCACUGGUUGUCAAGCGACGUGUCGUGCGCGUGAUUAUCGCAAAUUGUCAAACAUCAAUUUGCACACACUCCUCUCAAUUCGAUUCACAGACGGAACUGCGAUCCACCCCGUGAUUGAUCUCGCACGAUGAUCAGCACAAGAUAAAAAAUACAAAACAAGAACGCACGUAUUGCUCACGUCAAGACGACCAGACAAAUAACGAGGAACGACGAUAAAUAAACGCGUUGUCUCUGGUCUUUGCGCAGCGGAAGAGGGAGAAGUUUUAGAAGGUCGAAAAGGAGCAAGUUGCGAAAGGGUGAGCCAGCCAUGUCGCACGCACGCCUGCGGAACGCCGUGAUCGCCGGCGGAUGGCCGACGAGGACGAUAACGAGCGCGACGACGACGACGACGAGACCGGCUGCCGCCGGGAGCGGUGGCGGGGCGCUGAUUGGUCGUGAAGUAGGGACGGCGCCGCCGGGGGCGGCGGUGUCCUCCGCAUCCAUGCUGUUCCAGCCGGUUAUUCCGUGUCGAGGCAUGGCGGCGAGCGCAGCGGCGGGCCCGUGCGGCAAAGUCCUCACCGAGGACAAUGUCUUCGUGAACCUGCGCAAGAUGGAGUACGCGGUUCGCGGCCCGCUGCUCAUCCGGGCAUUGGAGAUCGAGAAGGAGCUGCAAAAGGGUGCUAAAAAACCGUUCAAAGAGGUGAUCAAGGCCAACGUGGGUGACGCCCAUGCGAUGGGCCAGCAACCGAUAACGUUUCUACGUCAAGUAUUGACCCUGACAGUCUCACCGAAUUUACUGGAUGAUCCGAGCUAUCCGGAAGACGCGAAGGCUCGCGCCCGCAUGGUACUCGAGGGCUGCAAGGGCGGUAGUGUGGGCUCGUACUCGGAAUCGGCUGGCAUCGAGGUGGUCCGCAAGCACGUCGCGCGAUACAUCCAGGAACGCGACGGCGGCAUUCCCUGCGACUAUCACAAUAUUAUCCUCUCCAACGGCGCUUCCGACGGCAUCAAGUCAUUUCUGAAAUUGUUCAACGAGAAAAUCGACAACAAACCGUCAGGCGUGCUGAUCCCGAUUCCGCAGUACCCGUUGUACUCGGCAACCCUGGCGGAGUUCGGUCUCGCGCCGAUUGGAUACUAUCUCGACGAGGACAACAAGUGGUCGCUGGAGGUCGGCGAGUUGGAACGCGCGCUGAACGAAAUCAAGGGCACAUGCAAUCCGCGAGUGUUGGUGGUGAUCAAUCCCGGUAAUCCGACCGGCCAGGUGCUGACUCGCGCCAACAUUGAGAACGUCAUUCGCUUCGCCCAUAAGAACCACCUGUUUCUACUCGCCGACGAAGUUUACCAGGAUAAUAUAUACGACAAGGACAGCGCGUUCCAUUCCUUCAAAAAGGUCAUGACGGAGAUGGGCGAGCCGUACUCGAAGAUGGAGCUUGCAUCCUUCAUGUCCAUCUCGAAAGGAUACAUGGGCGAGUGCGGGAUUCGCGGUGGCUACGGCGAGCUCAUUAACAUGGAUUCGGAGGUGAUGAAGGUACUGCUGAAAUCGAUCUCCGCGAUGUUGUGUCCGACGGUGCUCGGCCAGGUGGUGAUGGACGUCGUGGUGAAUCCGCCGCAGCCGAACGAGCCGUCGUACGAGCUAUUUCAGAAGGAAAAGAAAGAAACACUGCGCUCCUUGGCGGAGAGAUCGCAGCUCGUCGUCGACACACUCAACAGUAUUCCUGGAUAUAAAGCGAAUCCACCGAUGGGCGCGAUGUACGUGUUCCCGCGCUUCGAGCUGCCGCCGAAGGCGAUCGAGGACGCGCGGGCGAAGGGUCAGGAGCCAGACGUCCUUUAUGCGUUCAAGCUGCUGGAGAGCACCGGGAUCUGCGUGAUCCCGGGCUCGGGCUUUGGCCAGAGGCCCGGCACGUUCCACUUUCGAACAACGAUACUGCCGCAGAAGGAUAAGAUUAAGUCGAUGCUCGAGGCGUUGAAACAGUUCCAUAUUAAAUUUCUCAAAGAGUACAGCUAAAUCUGCUCGAAAUAAACUGCCGAUUGCGAGAACAUCGAAACAGAAUGGAUCGAGAUGAAAGAAAAAGACCGCCUAGGAUUUGUGCAUAUCUGUACGCGCGGACCAACUUCUCCGCUUUGAGCGCGCGCCACAAGAAUGUGAAAUAUUUUUAAUACAAUUAACGACUAGCUAUCCAGAGUCGCUUACAUGUUGCUGUCGAGUUCUAUAGAAGUUGUGACGAAACUCGAAAUUUGUUGUACGUAAAUGUAAAUUAUUGCUGGAGAAAAUAUGUGUACAUAUUUCUAAUUGUUAUAUUGACAACAGUCAAUAGUAUAAUCAAAAACAAAUUGAAUAAUGUGUUAUAUAGAAAUUAAAAUUGAAUGAGAGACAGAGAAA